GACAGAGAUUAGCACAUGGAAGCAAAACCAAGGUCUAGAGAGAGAAAGAGAGGCGACAAGACAUUUUGGGAUUUCAAAAGACCGUCGGAAUACGUUACGGAGAGCAGGUCAAAGGGAACUGGAACGCAAAGAGUAGAGAGAGAAAGAGAGGCACGUGCCCCUCGUGCACGCGCUCUCUUUAGAGAGAGAGAGAGAGAGAGAGAGAACCAGCAAGACAAAAACCAUACGUUUCCAUCACUAACAGAGAGGGAGAUCCCCUCUCCAGAAAGAGGAAGACUCACACAGGAACCGAUAGAAAUACACUACUGACAUUAGAGAGAGAGAGAGAUCCCAAGGCCAUUCUAGAGAGAAAAAGAGAUGAACGUCCACAACCGGUUGCCAAGCCUAGGGCACAGCACAUCAUCGCCGCGUGCUUCUCCCCUUAGGUCACCGGGUCUAAGGCAUGGGAAAGGGAAGGGGCAGAGAAGCCUGGUUCAGAGGGUGACAUUGGCCCUUCUUUCAGUUUUCUUGAGGAGACAGGGCGUAUUCUUGUUCGCCCCAUUGAUUUACAUAUCAGGAAUGCUUCUUUACAUGGGGAGCGUCUCUUUCGAUGUACCUCAAAUCUCAGUGCGCCCACCUCCUGGCUCUAUUUAUAAAAGUCCUGAAGUGUUCAGGAAUUUGUGGCCACAGAUGAAUGCUGAUAAUUCCUCUUCUGAUGGGCUGGCAAGUGUAUGGAGACGCCCUUAUAAAGGAGAAGAAUGGAAACCUUGUAUAAACAGAACGUUAGAUGGAGGUUUGCCAGAUUCAAAUGGUUAUAUUUAUAUCGAGGCAAAUGGUGGUUUGAAUCAGCAGCGAACAUCAAUCUGCAACGCUGUAGCAGUUGCUGGCUACCUAAAUGCAACUCUAGUAAUUCCAAAUUUUCAUUUCCAUAGUGUCUGGCGAGAUCCCAGUAAAUUCAACGAUAUAUAUGAUGAGGAGCAUUUUAUUAGUUCCUUGAAAGACAAUGUGAGGGUUGUUAGCAAGCUUCCUGAAUACAUAAUGGAUCGAUUUGAUCACAAUAUGAGUAAUGUUUAUAAUUUCAAAAUUAAGGCUUGGUCAUCGAUUCAGUAUUACAAGGCUGUGGUUCUCCCGAAGCUUCUUGAAGAGCAGGUCAUAAGGAUUUCUCCAUUUGCAAAUCGUCUGUCAUUUGAUGUCCAACCGCCUGUCCAACGAUUCAGAUGCUUGGCAAACUAUGAGGCAUUGAGGUUUUCAAAUCCUAUUGCUUCUAUUGCUGACAAACUGGUUGAGCGGAUGAAAGAACACAGUGCGAGUAAUAAUGGGGAAUAUGUUUCCGUCCAUCUUCGCUUUGAAGAGGAUAUGGUAGCAUUUUCUUGCUGUGUAUUUGAUGGUGGUGAGCAAGAGAAACUAGAAAUGAAUGCUGCGAGGGAAAGAGGUUGGAGGGGGAAAUUCACUAGAGCUGGUCGUGUCAUACGACCUGGAGCAAUCAGGAUCAAUGGGAAAUGCCCCUUAACCCCGUUGGAGGUGGGACUAAUGCUCAGAGGUAUGGGUUUUGAUAAUAAUACAGCGAUUUUUUUGGCAUCUGGAAGGAUCUACAAGGCAGAAAACACUAUGGCCCCCCUUCUCCAAAUGUUUCCUCUUUUACAGACCAAAGAGACACUGGCCUCUGAUGAAGAACUGGCCCCAUUCAAGAACUACUCCUCCAGGAUGGCUGCUAUAGACUACACUGUUUGCCUCCAUAGUGAAGUAUUUGUUACAACACAAGGCGGAAACUUCCCUCAUUUUCUAAUGGGUCACAGGAGAUUCUUAUAUGGUGGACAUUCGAAGACAAUCAGACCUGACAAACGAAAGUUGGUGCAGAUAUUUGGUAAUCCAAAUAUUGGGUGGAAGAACUUUAAGCGGCAAAUGCUAGUUAUGAGAUCCCACAGCGACGCCAAGGGCAUGGAGAUCAGAAGGCCAAAUGACUCCAUCUACACCUUCCCCUGUCCAGAUUGCAUGUGCAGGGCUAACAAUUUGGAUGAUAGCCAACCUAAAUCACUUUCAUGAAACUAUUUUUGACGAAGUUCUAAUUAUUCAUCACCUUUGCUCCAUGUGAUCCUCGUUGGGGGAAUUCGUCAUGUAUUUUAUCAGCACAUGCUUCACCAUUCAUUGUUUGAAAUUUUGCCAAUAUCACAAUUCUUUUGUUCUGACACUGCUAGAGUGCGGAUGUAGAACCAAUUUUUGGUGGAGCAAAUUGCUCGGUUUUGAAGAGCACCAGAGAACCAACCCCCUUGUAAAUGUUCAAAUAGAAGAAGGAAGAGAUUCGAUUUUUUAGGACCGGCAAUUGCACAUACAUACUGGGGUUUGACUUAAAUACUUCGGCAUUGUGAUGUGAGAAACUCUACAAUCUGUUGUGAUUCUUCUUGGUCUUGCAGCCUCAUUUUUUUGUACAUGAUUGAUUUAUCGUCAUUCAUGACUGUAAGAAAGGAAUCCCAAUUUAACUUUUGUAAUCAUUCAAAUUCAAUGGCAAUUCUUUUGUGUGUAUUUCCAUAAGA